GUACAUUUGUACGGUGUACAAACGAACGAUCAAUCUAGGAUUGAGUUACGCACGUGUUUUUCGCCGGUCGAUCAAAACCUCAAAACGAUGGCAGAAGAUUCAGUAAUCGAAAAAAACACUUCGGAAAAUGCAGAGCAGACCCAGAAGUUGCCAAGUGAAAGCGAACUGUCUUGUCAGGGUGAUGGUGCAUUGAAAACCGCAGACAGUGCCGUUCUGAAGCUGAAAGCAGCCACAGCUCAGCCUAACCUGGUGAAUGGUCAGAGAGGAGGAGGGGAUGCUGAUAGUGGUCCAGCAACCAUGAAUGGAAUGAACAGUGACCAUCAAGACAACAGGCUCAAUGAUGAUCUCAACACUACAGAGGCCCAGAAUGGACAUGAAAAGCCAGAUCAGGUAGUGCAACCAGACACCAAAUGCCCGUUCCUUAACGGGCACUCGGAAGCCUCUGCCGACGAUCCCGACAGCAAGAGUGAAGUUGUCGCUGAUCAAAGCGAUGCCACAGAGUCUAACUCUGAGGAUCUUCCAUCUGAGAAUGGCACCGAGGAAGGAGACAAGAGCAAAGAGGUCGAGGGAGAAAAUGGUGAAAGGACAGACUCCGAAAAGGAGAGCCAAAAAGACUCUAAAGUUGAGGACGUGAUCGUGAUUCAAGACACUGCAUUCACAUUGAAGAUAGUGCCUCCAGUGAGCGAGGCAUUUGAAUUACAGGUUAGUCCUCAAGAAAUGGUUCAAGAGAUUCACCAAGUCCUGAUGGAUCGUGAGGAUACCUGCCAUCGGACAUGUUUCUCCCUUCAGCUCGAUGGCAAUGUUCUGGACAACUUUGCUGAGCUCAAGAGCAUCGAGGGUUUGAAGGAAGGAUCUGUGGUCAAAGUGGUGGAAGAGCCCUACACCGUGAGAGAAGCUAGAAUCCAUGUACGUCAUGUAAGAGAUCUACUGAAGUCUCUGGAUCCAUCAGAUGCUUAUAAUGGCAUGGAUUGCCAGUCUCUAUCGUUCCUUACCACCAUCCUCAAUGACGAUCGCAAACGCACUAAGAGCAAUGCGGAUUCUGUGGACUGUACUCCACCAGACUACCUAAUGCCAUCCAGUAAAGAGCGUCCUCUAUUAAAUCUGCAACCAAUCAGUAAGGAAAGUCGUGUAGCGUCUUGUCUGAAGGUACUGACAGUAUCUGGAUGGAACCCUCCACCAGGUACAAGGAAGAUGCAUGGUGACCUGAUGUACCUUUAUGUGAUGACAAUGGAAGGAACAUCUCAUCAUAUUACUGCAUCCACAAGGGGCUUUUACAUCAACCAGUCCACACAGGAGAUGUUUAAUCCUAAGCCGGCUGAGCAGAAGCAUAGCUCCCACUCCUUGAUAGAGCUCCUCAAUAAAGUCAGUCCAAUCUUCAAGAAGAACUUUGCCCAGCUACUGAAGAAGAGAGCUCAGAGACAUCCAUUUGAGCGAGUCCCAACUCCAUUCCAGGUUUACUCAUGGAUGGCUCCCCAGAUGGAGCACACGAUUGACUCAAUACGAGCUGAAGAUGCAUACACCUCCAGACUUGGCUAUGAAGAACACAUACCAGGACAGACCCGAGAUUGGAAUGAGGAGACCCAGACCACCAGAGAGCUUCCUCGUAAGAACCUUCCAGAGAGGUUGCUUAGAGAGAGAGCGAUCUUCAAGGUACAUAGUGACUUUGUAGCAGCAGCAACUAGAGGUGCUAUGGCAGUCAUUGAUGGCAAUGUCAUGGCGAUCAACCCAGGAGAAGAUACCAAAAUGCAAAUGUUCAUCUGGAACAACAUUUUCUUCAGUCUUGGUUUUGAUGUAAAGGAUCACUACAAGGAGUUUGGUGGUGAUGCAGCUGCAUUAGUAGCUCCAAGUAAUGAUCUUCAAGGAGUAAAAGCCUACAACAAUGUGGACAUAGAGGGCCUUUAUACUCUGGGUACCGUGGUGAUAGAUUACCGUGGUUACCGCAUCACUGCUCAAUCUAUCAUCCCUGGUAUCCUGGAGAGAGAGCAGGAGGAGUCGGUCAUCUAUGGGUCUAUUGACUUUGGCAAGACUGUGGUUACCAGUGAAAAGUAUCAAGAAUUGUUGGCCAAGUCAGCUCAGCAGUUGAAGAUUCUACCACACAAAGUGACCAACCAUAAAGGUGGAGAGAUUGAGAUAUUCUCAUCUAUUGAGUGCAAGGGAAUUAAAGGCAACGAUGGUAGACACUACGUAUUGGAUCUCUUACGAACCUUCCCACCAGAUAUCAACUUCCUGCCAAUUGAAGGUGAGGAGCUCAAUGAUGAUGUCAAGGCCCUAGACUUCCCUCGUCAGCAUCGUCACAAACUCUGCUGUCUCCGUCAAGAGCUCAUUGAGGCAUUUGUUGAGCAUCAGUACAUGGUGUUUGUCCGUUAUGCAGCUGUCCUUCUAAUGCAACAACAAAAACCAGAAACAAACGAGAACAAUUCUGAGCCAUCAACAAACAUUGAUAAAUCCAUCGAGGAAGACCCAAACAAAACAUCUGGGACUGAAACCACAAAAGACCUCGAUGUCAUCAUCAGCAACGACACCAUCAAUGAAGCUGUGUCGGAGAAAGACGAUAAGAAAGACUGCAACGAUUGCCAGGAGGAGUCCAAUAAAUCAGAGGAAACAGACGAUAAUAAGAAAUCUGAUUUGAACGAUAAUUUAAAGGAAGCAGCAAAUGCAGUGUUAUCAGGGAAAUGUCCCAUGCUGAAUGGUUUAGACACUACUGGAAUUGAACAGCUUGCUGAGAAUAUCACAAAUGUUACUGACGAGGCUGCCAAGGCGCUGGCUGAAACACAGAAGAAGAAACUCACUGAUUCAAGUCAUAAGGAGGUUAUUGCUAAAGCAUCCAAGGCUGCUGGAUCUCUCGUUGAUACAGAGUUUGAUAUCAGAUUCAAUCCGGAUGUCUUCUCAGAGGGAGUUACGCAUCUCAAUCCAGAGAGUGAACAGUUCCAGAAGGAGAAGAGAGUGGUCAAAGAUGCUGCCAGGUUUCUCCUUGUUGGUCAAAUUCCUACAUUCAUCCGUGAAUGCCUUGAGCACAACAUAGCCCCACUUGAUGGAUUGACGUUGACAGAAGCAUUACAUCAACGGGGAAUCAACAUCCGUUAUCUUGGUGUCAUAGCAACAAUAGUCUCAACUGCUCCUCCUCUUUCAUAUCUAUAUAGACUCCUUGUGAGUGAGAUGAUCAUCCGUGCAGCCAAGCACUCCUUCAAGAUCUAUAUGCAAGGAGUAGGAAUGGUUAGCCUGUCAGUAGCUAUCAGUCACUUCUUAAACUGCUUCUUGGGCUCCUUACCCAAUCCACAACCACCUAAGGCUGAUGAUGAGAUGAGCAAUGGCCACGGGAAGAAGAAGCGGAACAAGAAGAAGACAGCGAGACUAAUCACUGCACUAGGUCAAGAUAGCAUUGCAUGGGCCAGCUUAAGCCCCACUGAGAUGUGGACCAACCUCAAGGCUGAAGUCAAGGAAUAUUUCCACUUCAAGCUGGAAUGUGACAGCAUAGACACAGCAACAGAAACCUACAACCUGCAGAAGGUGACCCUAUUAAGAGAGUUAUGCACAAAGUGUGGUGUUCAGAUCCUACUCAAGGACUAUGACUUUGAUACAAAGCAUAAAGCUAUCUUCACUGAGAAUGACAUUAUUAAUGUGUUCCCUGUAGUCAAGCACAUUAACCCCAUUGCUAGUGAUGCUUAUAACUUCUUCCAGAGUGGCCAGGCAAAGAUACAGCAAGGUCAUCUGAAGGAAGGAUUUGAAUUAAUUAAUGAAGCUCUGAAUCUGUUCAACAAUGUGUAUGGUCCAAUGCAUCCUGAGAUUGCUAGCUGUAUGCGCAACCUGGCAAGACUGAACUACCUCAUGGGUGAACAUGGAGAGGCGCUUGAGAUGCAGCAGAAGGCUGUAAUGAUGAGUGAGAGAUGUAAUGGAGUAGACCAUCCCAACACCAUCAGUGAAUACAUGCAUCUUGCACUCUACUGCUUUGCUAAUGGUCAGGUGACUAGCGCCCUCAAGCUGAUGUAUAGGUCCAGGUAUCUGACAUUACUGGUCUGUGGGGAAGACCACCCAGAAAUGGCACACUUUGAUAGCAAUAUUGGUCUUGUCCUUCACGGAGUUGGUGAAUCAGAUCUAGCUUUGAAGUUUCUGGAAAGGGCACGAAAGACAACCCUCAAAUAUCACGGCACAAAGAGCCUCAAGACUGCAUUAAGUAAUCAUCUUGUUGGUAGAGUGUAUUCAUCUCGUGGUGAUUUCCGGACUGCACUAAGACAUGAGAAGGAAGCUUACACCAUCUACAAAGAACAGUUUGGUGAGCAUCAUGAGAAGACCAAAGAGAGUUCUGAAUUCCUGCGUCAGCUCACACAGCAAGCUGUCAACUUCCAGAAAACGAUGAAUGAAAUCCGUAAAGGCAACUCCCGUGCAGCUAUGCGUCCAAUCCCGUUCAGUGUUCCAUCCAUUGCUGGUGUAUUAGACACUCUUAAUAUGAUCAAUGGCGUCUUCUUCAUCCCUGUCAGUAUCAAGUCUAAACAAGGAGCAAAGACCACUACCACCACCACCACCGAACCACUAGAGUCAAUAAAAGCAGAAGCUGAAACACCCCCUGAGGGUAAAGUGGAAUCACCCAGCCCAAGCUCAGGUACUGCAUCACCAAUCCCUGAGCAGGACUGUACCACUGAGAAGAUGGAGGUGCUGAGGUAACCUUAAGAGCACGCAAAAAGAUCUUGGAUAAAUAGAGAGAUUGAAAUGGUAUUGCUGGAUGAUAUUAGGAUGAUUUGCUAUUCAUUCUUAGUGGCCAAUCACAGUGCCUACAACAUAUCACAUGACCCGUCUUUCUUAGGUUAAACUGGAGCAUUUGCGCACGUGUUGGUUGUGUAAAAGAAUUAAUAUGCAUAAAGUUAUUUCUGUGAAUACUUCAGCGAUAGUUUAUUUCUUUUAAUGUAAGAAAAAUCGGACGGUAUGAAGGAGUCAUCAUCUCGCUUAGAUCUCCAGAUGAUGUGUUUUUUUCAUGCAGGAUUAAAUAGGGCAUACAAGUAAAAGGCACACAAUACCUUUGUAGGCUGUGGUAGAUAUUGAGAGAGUGUGUAUGUGUUUAGCUGGAGAGAGGUUUAACUAAUUGUAACGCUUUGCAGUUAAUGAAUGAACAAGUAUAUCCCUGUGGUGUCGUCUAUUGGAGGAUUUACCCAGCUACUUGUAGAGACUUUCUUACAAUGCCUCCUAAAAUGUUAAAAGGGUGAAGCAAAUAAUUUACGACUUACCCUGUGAGUGUCGCCAGACCAAACUUAUAACCCGCCUUUUGCCUUUUGGGGAAAUAUUUUAGUAAAUUGGAAUCAUUUUGUUUGUUCCAAUGGAGAUGAUGUUUGAAGUGAGGAGAAUACUAUGAAGUCAAAAUAAUUAAAAAAAGUAAAAAGUUUUUAAAAAGUAUACAAAAAUAAUAUUGAGAUUUUAUAACUUGGAAUUUUUAUGAAAAUCAAUGCAGUUUAUUUGUGGCAGUUUGGUAUGGAAACAGUAAGCAGUCAAGUAAGUGGUUAGAAAAUUGAUAUUAAAAAAAAAACCAAAAUAAUGAUUUGAUAUUUUAGAAACUGAUAACAAAACAACAUAUUGUCUCAAAAUUUAUUUGAGAACAUGUUUUGGUUUGUACAACUUGGAAAUGUGUUACUUGGCUCAGAAGGGAAAAUUGGUGCAAAACUGGUUCGUGUUUGACACAUUUUCCCCCAAAAUUAUUUCUUAAUUUUUUUUAAUUUAAAAAGACAUGUACAUACCUGUACAUUUGCAAGUCUUUUAGAAUGUUCACAUUGCCAGUGGAAAAAAAAGUUGAGUAAAUAAUGAAGUAACUUUAUCAAUGUUGGACAUUAAUUUGUUAAAAAUAAUAGCCACAGCCAGUAUCCUGAGUCAAUAGCCACAGCCAGUAGUCACAACUACAUGAAAAAAGUUGAGUUCCUCAUUCUCAAAAUGGUGCUCUUAUAAUGUAUAAGGGUUUGACUUGUCUGCUGUUAAAGGCAGUGGACACUAUUGGUAAUUACUCAAAAUAAUUGUUGGCGUCAAACCUUUCUUGGUGACGAGUA